AUGCGGGUAGUGGAGAGGAAGCGGCCGCGGGUGGACGAGGAGGAGGAGGAGGAGGAGGAGGAGGAGGAGGAGGAGGAGGAGGAGGAGGAGGAGGAGGAGGAGGAGGAGGAGGAAGAGAGGGCGGCAGUGAAGCCGGGGGCAAAGGGGCGGAUAUGGGUGGUGGAGAGGAAGCGACGGCGAGUCGACCAGGAGGAGGAGGAGGAGGAGGAGGAGGAGGAGGAGGAGGAGGAGGAGGAGGAGGAGGAGGAGGAGGAGGAGGAGGAGGAGGAGGAGGAGGAGGAAGUGGGGGUUGUGGAACCCUAA